AUGGGCGCAUGUUUGGAUGCAAGAGAGUGCCAUUCUAAAGGCGGACUUUGCUUUUAUCCAGUCUUUAACUCGUUUGUUUCUUGGCCUGUGAUCAUUGGGGUGCAUGCAGCAUAUAUCGUUUUGGUGGUGCUUCUUCGAAAGUGGAUGCAACAUCGGGCUGCCUUAAACGUUGAUAAACCUAUGAUGUUCUACAAUGUUGUUCAAAUUUCGCUGUCGGCCACAAUGGCAAUCGCUCUUGCCCCAUCUCUGAAGAAUGGUUUCUUUAAUUUUAACGGUCUUUUCACCCGCACAAUCGAAUUCUGGAUCUUUGUUCAUUAUUGUACUAAGUUUCUGGAUAUGCUGGAUACAGUAUUUAUGAUUUGUAGGAAAAAGAAUGAACAACUGUCUUUUCUUCACAUUUACCACCACGCCACGAUUGGUUUAAUCUAUGGGCUUCUUUUAAGGAACGGUAUGGGCAAUGGAGCUGCCUUCUUUGGGGCAUGUAUUAAUUCUGCAGUGCACUUUUUGAUGUAUUCUCAUUAUUUGUGGACAUCUUUUGGUCUUCAGAAUCCCUUUAAAUCCAUUCUUACAAAAAUUCAAAUGUUCCAAUUUUUUCUGUGUAUUGUACAAGCUUUGUUGGUUCCUUUCUUUGACCAUCAGUUUACUUUACAGUGGUCUCUCCUUCAACUCUUCUACCAUAUAAGCUUAUUUUUUCUUUUUCUAGAUUUUUAUAUGAAAUCGGGAAAGAAGGCAGCAUUAAGAAAUUCAAAGAAAAUUGAGUAG